UCUAUUUCAGAAUCAUUUCUUCAUUGUAAUAUUUUAUUUCUAUAAGGUUUCACUUAAUAUACAAUAGUAGAAUAGUUAACCGUUGAACGAAUUUAGAAUUCGUCAAAGAUGUCCUGCAAGAAAAAAACUCAAACUGAUAGAAAAGUGUCUAAAAAUCUCAUAACAGAAAAAAACAGUACAGACAUUUGUUUUCAUCAAGACAAUUGUGGAAAUAAUGUUUGUCUAAAGGAUCAGACUGACCUAGCAGACUUAUCCAGUCUUGGGGAUGAGAAUCAAGAUACAGAUCCUCAUUAUUUCACCAGUGACCUGUCCAAAGUCCAGUCAGAUAAUGUUAAAGAUAUACUAAUUGGUGAUCAUGAAACUCAGGAGUCAGAAGGUGGAGAAGCUGAUCUUCACAAACAUCUUGUUGGCUGUAAGAAGAAUCCAGGUCAUAGACAGUUUAUACCUGUUGAUACAUUCACUUUGAAACAUUUACCUGAAGGUUUUCAAGACAAAGAUUUGUAUAAAUACAUCAAACUUAUAGCCGACCUUACAUUUAGAGUAGAUGUUAGAAUGUUCAGUCCACACAGACCAAAGUUUUGGCCAAAGACAACUCAACCAUAUCCAUUUUAUAACAUGAGUGAGAGAAGAAACUUGAGGACAGGAAGUGGAAGAGUGGGGUAUGUAUACAAGUUUCAAGAUGGAGUAACACAAGAUGGAGGUUAUGGAUGUACUGCCUAUACAAAGUGUUGGUGUAAAAAAUGUGAAGUUUCAGACUCACCCAGCAAAGUGUGGUGGGAGUUUAAUGUGUACACAGCCACACAUGUUGUUUUUGAUGACAUUGAGGCCAAUCACACGAUCUUGAGAUUGUUUUAUGAUAGAGAUGAAAGUCCAGUGGUCAGUGUUGAUAAGGUCAGUGUUGUAGAUGUAAACGUUGAGUAUGACUUGUGUUGGUUGAAAUGUGUGACAUGUGACACAAAUGUAGGAAAAAAACUGAGGGAAAUGUGGAAACAUUUUGAAAAUGUCUUGAGGAAAGUCUUGAACAAAUACAGAGACUCUAGCUCUAAACACAAGCUGAACUUUAUAGUGUCACAUCCUCAUGGAUGUUCUAAACAGGUCAGUGUUGGUCAAUGGAAGGACAGACUAAAGGUGGAUGAACGUACCUCUCAGUUUACUUAUACAACUUGUACAUGUCCAGGAAGUAGUGGAGCACAUGUCCUAUGUUUGGGGUAUAAUGACUGGACUUGGCCUGAUCUUGUCCACAGUGGAAGUAAGUCUGGAAUAAAUUACAGUGGAAUUAGUCUUCUCUACUGAGUUGUUUGUCUUGUGAGUUGUCAAGCUCCAUUUGGAAGAUGUUUGUACUUGAGAACCCUUGAAAUUCUGAGUAUCAAACUUAACUGUCUCUUUUGUCUUGAGAUAAAUACAUUUAUACUUUGUGAUAAAUAUUUAUAGAUUUGUUUACUAUAAACAUUUUGUUUUGGACUUUGUUCUAGUUAUGUAAAUAAAUUGUGUAAGCAAUCUU